AUGGAAUCCUAUACCUUCACAACCCCCACUUGCCGCCAAAAAAAAUGUAUUUAUAUGGGUUUGGACGCCCCCGGAGCUGUGCAACCACUCACAAUGCUCUUCAGUAACCUCCUUCUUGCCACCGUGGCUGCUGCCGGCAUUGUCCACCUGCCUCUCCGAGUGCGAAACGUCGCUGAUGCUCCUGAGAUCGCCCAGCAUCUUGCUGCUCGCGGAAUUCUCCAUGCCACCCAGACCAUGGGCCAAUCCUUCUACGAGACGGAAAUUGAGGUUGGAACCCCGCCCCAAAACGUGACCGUAAUCUUCGAUACCGGAUCGCCCCAGGUGUGGCUGCCCGGCUCCAACACCACAGCCUGUGAGACCCACAAGAACUGUCGAUCCUCAUUCGACGUGAGCAAGUCGUCGACCUGGAGAUACAAGUCCCACGGACCCGACGCCGGCUGGGGAGGCGAGGGCAACAAUGGCCUUGACACCUUUUCGUUUCUUGGCCAGACCAUCGAGGACUUCCACAUUUGGGUGGCUACGUCACGACCCAGCUUCAACAUUGGAGUCUUUGGUCAAUCUGCCGAUGACAACCCCAAGGUGAACUUUGUCCAGGCUCUGGCCGACUCGGGCAAGAUCUCUCGAGCCGUCUACUCUCUCAACGCCGAGAAGCCCAUCGACCCCGAAAACAGAAAGACGGAGGGUGUUGUCAACAACGUCUACUACGGAGGAUUCGACCGGGCCAAGUACCAGGGCGCCCUGACCACCGUGCACGUGGACCACCAUGGUGGUUAUGCCAUGCCUCUUGGAGGCCUUUCCAUCCAAGGCGAAAAAGUCCCGCUCACCCGAGAGCACCAGAUUGUGCUUGACACAGGAGGAACGAGCUCUUCCUACACCAACGGCACCAUCAAGACCAUUUCGCAGAAGUUUGGAGGUAACGGGCACUUUGAGGACGGCGCUUGGAGCAUUGCGUGCGAUGCCAAACCUGAGCUCACCUACGAGUGGGGAAACACCAAGAUCGACGUGGACAUGGCCCCCUACAUCCGAAAGAGAGCCCGGGGCGAUUGUUACCUGGGAGGACUUGGGCUCAACCAUGACGACCAGCAGAUUCUUCUGACCGGCCCCCCUCUCAUUUCCCGAGCUCUGGUUAUUUAUGACAACACUCGAGACACCAUCACUCUGGCCAAGGCUAAGUACACUGAUGAGUCCGACGUGGUGGAGCUCACUGGCGAUGUUCCCGGAGCUGAAAUCUACCAGAACACGGCCAUCCCUAGCUCCACCCUGGCUGUCAAGGCUGCUUCUACACAGGCCUAA